AUGGCAGAAGCAAACAACGUGCAGCCACCAGAUCACGGUGGAAUGAUGGCGGUUGUGUCGGGCGAUUCGGAUUGUGGAGAAGCGACAACCGACGACGAGGAAAUCUUUCCGCAUGCUCAGGGCGAUGUACCGUCAGGAGAUGAUGCGUCUCUCUACGAUGAAAAUAUGGAUGACGACGACGAAGCCUAUGUUUACAUGAACCUACGAGGCGGCAAGCACUCACGGAAUGAAAACUUGGCUGCUGCAUCCCCGAAAGAACAGCCAUCCAAAAAGGUGACCAAGCCUCGAAAUUCCGAUGCCGUGCUGAGUUGUCCCUGUUGUUUCAACAUUGUUUGCAUGGAUUGUCAAAAGCAUCACAGAUUCAACAAUCAGUUCCGAGCCAUGUUUGUCAUGGGAAUUACUGUGGACUGGCAACACAUGCUCAAGUAUGACAAGAAAGUUCAGGGCCUGACACGUUGGUAUCCUUCCCAGCAGUCAUCAUCCAACAAUCAUCAGAACAGUCCUAUUGUGGCUCCAGAUCACCAGCAUUCGACAAAAGAGGACAACCCAAUCUACUAUGCCGUAUCCUGUGCCAACUGCCAGACACAGGUUGCUGCACUCGAUAUGACUGAUGAAGUCUAUCACUUUUACGAUUGUCUCGCUUCUGCAUAA